GCCUCGCGCUGUUUCGGUUGAACUUCCUCAACGCUCAGCUGACUCGAGAGGAGGAAUCAUCAUCACACGGGGGGAAUCAAGGGAAAAACAGCCAUGGCGGCGGAGAUCCACUCGAGGCCUCAGAGCUCCAGACCCGUCCUGCUGAACAAGAUCGAGGGCCACAGCGACAGCGUGAACACGGCCGUGCUGAUCCCGAAAGAGGAUGGCGUUAUCACGGUCAGCGAGGACAGGACGAUUCGAGUUUGGCUGAAGCGGGACAGUGGACAGUACUGGCCCAGCAUCUACCACACUGUGUCCUCUCCGUGCUCCUGUAUGUCAUAUCAUCAUGAGAGCAGGCGGAUCUUCAUAGGACAGGACAAUGGAGCUGUUGUGGAGUUCCUCAUCUCAGAAGAUUUCAACAAAAUGAACCAUGUGAAAACAUACCCAGCCCAUCAGAACCGUGUGUCGGACCUCAUCUUCUCUCUGGAGAGUCAGUGGGUGAUCAGUACGGGUCAUGAUAAAAGCGUCAGCUGGAUGAGCAGUCAGAGCGGCUCUAUGCUGGGACGCCACAGCUUCGGCUCAUGGGCUUCCUGUUUACAAUAUGAUAAUGAUACCCAGCAUGCCUUUGUGGGAGAUUAUUCAGGGCAGAUCACUCUACUGAAACUGGAUGAACAGUCGUGUUCUGUCAUCACCACACUAAAGGGCCAUGAAGGUAGUGUUGCUGCGUUAUAUUGGGAUCCGGUUCAGAGGUGGCUGUUUUCUGGAGCGUCUGAUCACAGUGUGAUCAUGUGGGACAUUGGUGGCAGACAAGGACGCACAUUACUACUGCAGGGACACCAUGAGAAGGUCCAGGCGUUGAGGUAUCUGCCUCUGACCCAUCAGCUGGUGUCCUGCUCUGCUGACGGAGGAAUAACAGUGUGGAACAUGGAAACAACACGAGAAGAGGCUCCGCAGUGGCUGGAGAGUGAUUCCUGUCAGAAAUGUGAACAGCCGUUUUUUUGGAAUAUAAAGCAGAUGUGGGACACUAAGACCCUGGGGCUCCGACAGCAUCACUGCAGGAAGUGUGGUAAGGCCAUUUGUGGGAAGUGUAGUUCGAAGCGCUCCACGUACCCCAUCAUGGGCUUUGAGUUCCAGGUGCGCAUGUGUGACGACUGCUACGACACAAUCAAAGAGGAGGAUCGGACUCCUCUGGCUACGUUUCAUGAAGGGAAACACAACAUCGCUCACAUGGACAUGGACCCGAGCCGAGGGCUGAUGGUCACAUGUGGGAGUGAUCGAGUUGUUAAGAUCUGGGACAUGACGCAGGUGGUGGGAAGCAGUGUAGCGGCGGGAUUCUCUCCCCGCUGAUUGGCUGUUUCUGAAGGCCCCGCCCACACUCCACCAACAGAUAUCUGUCGAGGAUCAUGGAAACACUCACCUACCUGUCUAACUCUCUCGUCCUUCAGCUGUGGAGUCUACGCAAAACAGACAGUUCAACAGGGUGUAUGUGAAUAUAUGUGUGUGUUAUUUGGAUGGUCCUUGAUUUAUGAAUCGGAGGCAUUCAUGUCUCUUAUGAGAUAUGAUGGCCUGGAUUUGAGUGAACAUGAACUCAAGGUACUUUUAAAAGCACAAUAUUUGCGCUCUUUCUCUGUGUGUGUGUGUGUGUGUGUGUGUGUGUGUGUCCCUCUGUCCAUAAGUACCAUUCAAAAAAACAGGAAGCAUUUCCUUCAUCCAACAUCCUGUUUAUUUAUCCAUCUGUCUUGUUUAUCUUUCUUCCACUUUUUGAAUUUGAGUGCCACUACCACUUGCAUAAAUUCUAAUACAAGCUUGCAUUUCCCCCCAAAAACUGUCACUGAAACCCAAUAAGGCUCAAACUCCGAGACAGACGGGUUCAGGUCAGGUAGGUGAGGAUAAUUAAAUGUAGCAUAUUAAAUCCAUGGAGCAUUUUAUGACUAAACGCAUUAAGUUAGUACAUGAUGUUUGUAGUGUUCUGCUGUUAAACACUAUUUAUAGCACUAAUCACCGUUUCUCUGUGGUUUAGGGACAAAUUAAAAUUAUGGUUAACUCAAAAAUGAAAUUUUGUCAACAUUUAUUCACCCUUGUAUCUUUUCAGAACUGUUUCACUUUCUUCUGUGGAACAGAAAAUUAGAUAUUUAGCAGAAUGUUGAUGCCGCACUUUCCAUACAAUAGAAAUGAAUGAGAACUGGGGCUCAAAAAAUCAUAAAACGAGCCCAUAUGACAUGUGCACUAUAUUACAACUCUUCUGAAACUUUAUGAUGGCUUCCAAAACCAAAAACGAACAAUAAAAGUAGUCUUUCCGAUUUAUGCGCUAUAUUAAGUGUGCUAUAUUCCAACAAAAUUAACUUGUUUUUCUUCAUAGUAGUAUUAAAAUCUUUUGCAUAUUCUACGUUGCCAUUUUGCAAUUGCGUACGAACGGAGCCCCUAAAAGGACAUGAUGAUGGGGAAAGAUAUGAGAUGGUUGGAAAAAAUAUAUUUCCUUCAAAAAACCUUUGCGUUCCAACAAGAAACUUAGUGUUCGCUCGCAAAGAACUCAAAAGUUUUGUGAGCGAACGCAAAGUUUUCCGGUGAAACGCAAAUAUUUUGCGAGAGAACACAAAAACACUGAUAUAUAAUUUUUGUUCCCAUAUCAUAUUUUUUUUCCAUUGAAGGAGGAAAAAUUAUUUGGCAAUGCUUUCGCCUUUGCGUUCUCCCGAAAAACUUUGUGUGGGCUCGCAAAAUGUUUCCCCUGAGAAACUUUGCAUUCACUCGCAAAGAACACAACAUUUUUGUAAGCGAAUGCAAAGUUUGUCAGGGGAACACAAAAACGUCAUUUGCAAGAGAAUGCAAAAACAUUGACACAUUUUUUCCUCCCAUUUCAUAAUGUCAAUUUAGGGGCUCCAUAGUAACGUGACGACCGGUAGUAUUUUUCAAACCUAGCCGAUAGAUAUGCAAAUGAGAUUCGAGAGACGCGGGAUUUUUAGCAUUUCAGUCUGUUCCUGACACAAAGCUACUUGGAAUGUAAACAUUUUUUAUGUUCCACUAAAGUAGGUUUUGGAACGACGUGAGUAAAUGAUGACAGAAUUGUCAUUUUUUUUGGUGCACUAUUUCUUUAAUAUACGUAUUAGGGCCUAUUUUUCUUUCAACAUGGCUUCAGAUUCAAGCUAUGCCGCUGUACGGCUAUAAGCAGCUUCUAGAUGUUUUAAAUUUACAUACAGCUCAUAACUAACGUAACACUGGCCUUUGAGAAGAUAGUAACCUGUUUACAAACAUUAUAACUGACCAGCGCUGUUUCUGGCUUACUUUCGAUAUUUCUCUCUCUUCAUCUUCAUUAUUUUUUCUUUUUCACUCGACUGUGACGUCUGGAGUUUCCCUCCGUUAUCUUUCGCUCAUUGUCUUGAUGAGUUCUCUGUUCCUUGCACUGAAUUGCACAGUCUGUGUGUUUCAUGAUCUGAGGGUACAAACGGUGUUUGUGCGAAUGUUUGCAUUAAAUGGCUGAUUUGUGCCUGUGUAAAGCGCUUGCUUCACGGCGUUCAUUUUGAUUUGGCCUACGUCUCAUUCCGCGCGUUGUAAAUAAUGUCCAUUCAUAAACUGAUUUUCCUAAUUUUCGCUUCAUGUAAAAUUCAAGCUGGAUGUGAAUGUAAGAGUUGUUUUCACAGAAAGCAGAUCUUGUAUGUUGUGUGACAUCUUUUUUGUGUCGUUUAAUUGGAAAGAUACUGGCGACGAUUGUAAUUUCUCAUCUUUCAUUGUCGGUUAGAAUUGUUCUUAUUGUGUCCUUAAAGGGACAGUUCACCCCAAAAAAAUGCAACCUUAAGUUGUCCCAAACCUAGCUGUAUGAAUUUCUGUCUUCUACUGAACAGAAAAGAACAUAUUUUGAAGAAUGUUGGUAACAAAACAUUGACUUCCAUAGUUUUUUUUUUUUUUUUUUUUUUUCAGUGGGGUCCGUCAACUGUUUGGUUACCCAUAUUCUUCAAAACUUCUUUUGUGUUCAGCCGAAGAACAAUUUAAGCAUGAGUAAUUUAUGACAGAAUUGUCAUUUUUGGGUGAACUAUCCCUUUAACAUCUAUUUUACUGAAACUUACACUUCAGGGAGUCACGCCGUUUUGCCGAGAUCACAGUUCAAGUAAAAUUGGAAAACCGUUUUCUUUAUCUUCAGACAUUGAAAACACUGUAAAAUUCACCAUGCUUCUAAUUCUCAAACUCUAAAACUGUAAAUAACUCUAAAUGACCUGGUUUUCUAUGUUCUUUUUUCUAAGACUUGCUUUACUUCAGUAGUUCAGUCAGUAAUGAAGUAUUAUUCUCUCUAUGUAUACAAAGUUGAGCUUCUGUGCUGGAAAGCUCAAACAUAUGUAUUUUUCAUACGAAAAUCUCUUGUUGCUAAUAUGAAAACUGACGCAAGUCUUAAUGCUGACUGGUAGUUUCUGCCCAGAGAUUGAACAAAUUAUUACAAUAAAGUUCUAAGCUGUAUCUCA